AAGAGCGUAAAAGUAAGCGAAAGAUUUGACAAUAAGACACUCAAGUGGAAAGAUUAAAUAUUUGAGUAUUUAAUUUAUUUAUUUUGCUGUUGCUGAUUACAUAAGUAUGCCUCACACACAGUGAUAAUCAACAAUCAACGUCCCAUAAUUGUUAGCUCAUAAAAUAAUAAAAAUGAGAAGUAUAUCGCUUAGUUCAGUGUUCGCUGGAAAGUGGAACAUCGCGUUUGGGAAGAAUUUUGGCAGAUUACUCGUUGCGAUAUUUUUAGUGAAAAAUGAAGAAAUAUUCAUUUGCCAUUGAUCGCGGAGGUACUUUCACAGAUGUCCUCUGCCUCUGUCCAGAUGGAAGAGUAAAAACCCUUAAAUUGCUCUCUGAGGAUCCUGGAAGAUAUUCAGAUGCCCCAAGAGAAGCAAUUCGUAGGAUUUUAUUGGAAGAAAUUGGGCAAAGUGCAAUUACUGAUGAUGGCCUCAUUGAUACAUCAGCUAUUUCGUCCAUUAGAAUGGGCACAACUGUGGCCACGAAUGCUCUUCUGGAGAGAAAAGGAGAUCCAGUGGCUUUGGUGGUUAACAGAGGCUUCCGGGAUCUUCUCUACAUUGGAAAUCAAGCCAGACCCAGCAUCUUUGCAUUGGACAUUCGAAAGCCCUCAAAUCUCUACAAGACUGUUAUCGAAGUAGACUGCAAAGUCAUCCCAGACCAACCAGACAAGUGCCAAUUGAGUCACGCUUGGGAAGCUUUCGAGGGAAUAACUGGCUCGAAGUAUUUGGAGAUGUCCAAAGUGGAUCCAGGCGCAGUUAGAGAAUCUCUGAAGAAUGCUUUGGAUUCUGGAAUAACUUCCUUAGCCGUUGUCCUCACUCAUAGUUAUGCAUUUCCCCAGCAUGAGCUACAAAUAGGCGCUAUUGCGCAGGAACUGGGAUUCAAGCACAUUACCCUGUCCCAUCAGGCCAUGUCGAUGUGCAGAAUUGUGCCAAGAGGAUAUACAGCUUGUGCUGAAGCCUAUCUAACUCCUCAUGUUGAGAGAUAUCUCUCGAGUUUCAAAUCCGGAUUCAAAGAUGAACUCAGGAAUAUCGAUGUCCUCUUUAUGCAGAGUGACGGAGGUUUGACGAAGAUGGACAACUUCCGGGCAGCUCGGGCUAUUCUCAGUGGUCCAGCUGGAGGAGUUGUUGGCUACGGAGUCACGGGAAUUCGUGAAACGUCAUCUCCAUUGAUUGGCUUUGACAUGGGAGGAACAUCAACGGAUGUCUCCAGAUUGGCUUCCGGAAAGUACGAACAUGUGAUUGAAUCCACAACUGCUGGAGUGUCAAUCCAAGCACCUCAGCUGGACAUUAAUACCGUUGCAGCCGGGGGCGGUUCAAUGCUCUUCUUCCGGUCGGGAUUGUUUGUUGUGGGCCCUGAAUCAGCUGGUGCAAAUCCUGGACCGGCUUGCUAUAAGAAAAAUGGUCCAUUGACUGUGACCGAUGCAAAUCUCAUCCUAGGACGCCUCCUUCCGGAAUACUUUCCGAAAAUCUUCGGUCCAAAUGAGGAUGAAAAACUGGAUUAUGAAGCUUCCAGGGAGAAAUUUGAAGCUCUGGCAAGGGAGAUCAAUAAGCAUUUGAUAGGAUCUGGAGAGAGGACGACAGAGCUGAGUCUUCAGGAAGUUGCCAUGGGAUUUAUAAGGGUAGCCAAUGAGACUAUGUGCAGGCCAAUCAGGGCACUAACUCAGGCACGUGGAUAUGAUACUUCCUCCCAUGUUCUGAGCUGCUUUGGAGGAGCUGGAGGACAGCAUGCCUGCAGCAUUGCCAGGGAAUUGAGAAUGACCAAAGUCCUGGUGCACAAAUACGCAGGCAUUCUAUCAGCCUAUGGAAUGGCUCUGGCUGAUGUUGUCCAUGAGGCUCAGGAACCAAGUGGCGUGGAAUUCAGUGGAGCAACUGCUGAUCAUCUGGCUGAGCGCUUGGGUGCCUUAUCAGAAAUCUGUGUUGGCAAAUUGAAAGAACAGGGCUUCCAAGAUGCUCAGAUUGAACUAGAACCUUAUCUGCACAUGAGAUACGAUGGAACAGAUUGUGCUCUCAUGGUAUCUCCUACAAAUAAAUUAAAUCAUGGGAAUCUUCUCACUGAGAAAUACGGAAACUUCCAUGAGGCUUUUCUCGAUCGCUAUCGCAUGGAAUUUGGCUUUGUCAUCACCGGCCGGAAGAUCAUUAUCGAUGAUAUUCGUGUGAGAGGCUUGGGGAAGACAUUUGCUCCUCCUGAACAAGAUAUUUCCUCGGCUGUCGGAACUAUUCCUCAAGUGGAAGAAGUUACUUCGGUGUUCUUCGAAGGAGGUGCUAGAGAUACUCCUGUGUACCUCUGUUCCAAACUCCUGGCUGGAGAUGUAAUUCCAGGGCCAGCUGUGCUCAUUGAUGAUCUGUCGACAAUUCUCGUGGAACCGGAUUGUCGUGUUGAGAUGACCCAGAAAGGGGAUUUGAUUAUUCACGUGGGAAGUGGAGAAAUCCGACCAAUCUAUGAGAAACUCGAUGCUGUCCAAUUAAGCAUCUUCAGUCAUCGUUUCAUGUCAAUAGCCGAGCAAAUGGGACGUGUUCUUCAGCGUACUUCCAUCUCCACCAACAUCAAAGAGCGACUCGAUUUCUCAUGUGCUCUCUUUGGGCCAGACGGAGGUCUCGUCAGCAAUGCUCCGCAUAUUCCCGUCCAUCUUGGCGCCAUGCAAGAAACUGUCCAGUUUCAGUUGAGAACCCGUGGAAAAUCCCUCCGGAAGGGCGAUGUUGUCCUGUCAAAUCAUCCUCAAGCUGGAGGAUCCCAUCUCCCCGACUUCACAGUGAUAACUCCAGUGUUCAGAGAAGGAAUCCCCCAACCAGUCUUCUUUGUGGCUUCCCGAGGUCACCAUGCAGAUAUCGGAGGAAUUACUCCAGGAUCAAUGCCUCCUCACUCCAAAAGCCUCGCCGAAGAGGGAGCAGCUUUCAAAUCCUUCCUGAUAGUCGAAAACGGAGUCUUCCAGGAAGAGGCAACCAUAAACCGCCUCACGACUCCCACAGACGCUCCCGGUGCUUCAGGAACUCGAAAUUUAAGUGACAAUCUCUCAGAUUUAAAAGCUCAAAUAGCUGCCAAUCACAAGGGUAUCCAGCUUGUUGGGGAGCUAAUAGACAUUUACGGAUUGAGCGUCGUUCAAGCCUACAUGAACUUCAUCCAAGCCAAUGCUGAACUAGCAGUCAGUGAUAUGCUCAAGGAGAUUGCCAGAAAAACUCCAAAAGGAGAAGUCCUGGAAGCUGAAGAGCGCAUGGAUGAUGGAAGCCCUAUUAAACUCCGAAUCUCCAUUGAUGAAAAAGAAGGAAGCGCUGUGUGUGACUUCACCGGAUCCGGGCCAGAAGUCUUUGGGAAUUGCAAUGCUCCCCGAGCCAUUACCCUCUCAGCCCUAAUCUACUGCCUCAGAUGCAUGGUUGGACACGACGUUCCACUGAAUCAGGGCUGUUUAGCUCCUAUUCGUGUCAUAAUCCCAAAAAAUUCCAUCCUGGAUCCAUCAGAAGGAGCCGCUGUGGUGGGUGGAAAUGUUUUGACAUCUCAGAGGAUUGUUGAUACAGUUUUGAGGGCUUUCCGGGUCUGUGCGGCAUCCCAGGGAUGCAUGAAUAACAUCACAAUUGGAGAUGAGACCUUUGGGUACUAUGAAACUGUAGCCGGAGGCAGCGGAGCUGGACCGAAUUGGCAUGGAACUGGAGGAGUUCACACGCACAUGACCAACACCCGAAUAACCGAUCCGGAAAUUAUGGAGCUGAGAUAUCCGAUCAUUCUCAACAAGUUCUGCCUUCGGGAUGAUCAAUCAGGAGGAAGAGGUAAAUUUAAUGGUGGCGAAGGAGUUCAGAGGGAACUCCUCUUCCGGAAACCAAUGAUGUUGUCCGUUCUAACAGAACGAAGAGUACUGGAGCCUUAUGGAAUGGCAGGAGGAGCGAAUGGGAAACGAGGAUUGAAUUUGCUGAUCAAGAAAGAUGGAAGAGUGAUCAAUUUAGGCGGUAAAACUGCUGUUCAAGUCGAAGCAGGUGAUAGAUUUUCAAUGAAGACACCCGGAGGCGGAGGAUAUGGCCAUCCUGAUACGAGUGAUGCAUCAAAUGAUGCCCCUCAUCUUGCCCAAGACGGAGAAGAGAGGAAAUUUGUGGAGAAAGGAAGCAUUUAUGAAUAUCGCAAAGCGCAAGAAUCUGUUUAGAAUUCCUUCUCCCAGUGUUUUGUUUUUCCUAUUUUUUUGUUUUAUUUUUUUUUUAAAUUGUUUUAUAUUCAAUUUAUAUUUGUGUUAUUUGUUCUUUUUUGUUGAUUUAUGUAUUUUGGGAUAAAUACAAAAGUGAUUUUGGACAAUAAAUAUUGAGAAACGAAUGUUUCAAAGCAUAAAA